AUGAAUAUGGAUUCUGGUAUUACAAGUAGUCAUGGAAGCAUGGAUAAGACACAAAAGCAAAGUUCUGAGUGGGCAGCUAACCAGAAACAUAAUCAAAGAGUCGAAAAUACAAGAGUUUUAAUGGGCCCCGCUGUCCCUGCGAUGCCUCCAGUACCAUCAAAUUUUCCGCCUGUUCCAACUGGUACAAUAAUGUCGCCUCAGUUGAGCCCUUUUCCGGAUCACCGUUUAAGACAUCACCCAUUAGCUCAUAUGAUGCCUGCUGAUAAGAAUUUUCUGGCAUAUAACAUGGAGUCUUUCAAAAGUAGAGUGACUAAAGCAUGUGAUUAUUGUCGGAAGAGGAAGAUUAGAUGUACGGAAAUCGAGCCGAUUUCUGGUAAAUGUAGAAACUGUAUCAAGUAUAAUAAAGAUUGCACGUUUCAUUUCCAUGAAGAACUGAAAAGAAGGCGAGAAGAAGCUUUGAAUAACAAGGGAAAUGGGAAGUCGGUUAAGAAGCCGAGGUUGGAUAAGGAGAAUAAGUUCAAGGAUGAAAAUUUUGAUAUCGCCGUGCGAUCAAGAAAUACUUCUUCUACAGACAGCUCGCCGAAAUUACACACCAACUUAUCACAAGAAUAUAUUGGAGUUUCUGCCGGCAAAAGUGCAAGCGAUAAAGAAGAUACUUGGCCUGACUUUGUUCCUAUUGACAGGACAGUGCUUGAAAAAAUUGAACUCAACCAUACGAAGGUUGCUGGGAAAGUUUUUGUUUUGGAAGAGAUUUGUAAAAACAUGAAGGGAACAAUAGAGAAGCUAGCUGAAAAAAGCAAAAUUGACGUCAUUGAUAAAGAAUACAUGAAAAGGCCUAAAAGAAAGCAAUAUUCAAAGGCCUUGUUAACAAAACAAAAAAUGUUUCAUUUUCGACAAAAUGUUUUAUCACAUUUAACUGACGAAGAAUUUCUUUCGCCCAUUAAUGAAAUGUUUACUACUACUUUCAAAUAUUCUAUUUUACAGACCAAGCUGGUCCUGGACUUCUCUUUCCGAUCCGCAUCAUCACCAUCUAGUGAUAAUAUUUUGUAUCCUCUGCCCCGUUUAGCAAUUGCAAAGCGUUUGCUCAAAAAUAUAAAAUGUCCAUCAUUAGCCUCUCUUCUCCACAUAGUGGAUGUAGAUCAAUGUUUGCAAUUUGCCGACGUGCACUUUGAUCCUGCUAAAGGAAGAUUGACAUCAUCACAGGCAUUUUUGCUAAAUAUCUGCCUCUGCCUUGGGGCCACCGUUACAAAUUUUGAGGAGAAGCAGGAGCUAGUUGAUGAAGAUAAUCAUGAAACCUAUUAUUUUGAGAAGUUCGAAUUAUGGAGACUCAGAUCUUUCACUUUUCUCAAUUCUGUCUAUUACUACCAUAAACUGUCUGUAGCACGCGCAGAUAUGACGGCAUUAAAGGCAUUACUGUUACUGGCAAAGUUUGCCCAACAAAAAAUAAGUGCUUCAUCAGCGGUCAAAGUACUAUCCGUUGCUAUCAAAGUGGCUUUGGAUUUACGGCUCAAUUUACAUUCCACCUAUGAGGAUCUAGAACUUGAUGAAAUCAUUAAAAGAAGACGCUUGUGGUGUUAUUGUUUUUCAACAGACAAAUUCUUUUCUGUGGUGUUGUCAAGACCGCCCUUUCUCAAGGAGGAAAACACUGAUGUAUUAACAGAUGAAAGCUAUGUUGAACUAUUCAGAGAUAAAAUUCUGCCCAAUCUUUCUAUAAAAUACGAUGAUUCAAAACUAGAAGGGGUGAAAGAUAUUGUAUCCGUUGUAAACUUACUCGCGAAUCACCUUGAAUAUGUACCAUACAUUCAAUCAUAUUUUUUGUCGAGAUUAUCCCUCAUAGAGUCUCAAAUAUAUUACUCAUGUUUUUCCAUCAGAACAACUUUAGACGAUACACUAGAUGAAAUCAUUGAAAAUGUACUGGAAAAUCAAAAGGCGUUAGAUAGAAUGCGAGACGAUUUGCCCACCAUAUUAUCAUUAGAAAAUUACAAGGAAAACAUGAGGAUUUUAUCUUUGGAUUCUUCGAAGUUAGAUUUUGAAGUGAGUUGUUGUACUACUAUUCUAUUACACCUCAGAUGGUACCAUCAAAAGAUAACCCUGAGUUUAUUUGUCAUAUCCAUCAUUGGAGAUAACUUAGAUCAACGGGAAAGUUCCCGGCAUGAUAUAGCUGAAAUUAUUAGAAGGUCAAGAUUGGAUUUCAAGCGAAAUUGCAUCGAAGUACUUAAUAUUUUGAAAGAUUUUGAAUACUACCCUACUGUUCAGAAUGAGUUUCUGUAUUUUUCUCUCACAACGGUUUUUUCCAUGUUUCUGUAUUUGUCAGAGAUUAUGGUUAAUGACGAACAUGCCAUGGAGACUGGUUAUAUAAUUGGAUUAUUGAGGGAUACACAUACCCGUAUGCUUGGAUCUGAAGAACGCUGUCUUUCAGUACACAAUCUGAAGUGGCAAACAUCUCUUUUUUUUUACACUUUUUUUCUACGGAGUACGAUGGAAAAGUUCAAUCUGACAAGUAAAUACGCAAAAUUCUAUGCCUUUGAUUCAAAUUAUUAUGAGGGUGUUCUCAAUAGGUUAGUUAAGCAUACGAGAGAAUCAAAAGAUGAUAUGGUCGAGCUCUUGAAAACUUCGUUCAUAAAUAAAGAGAAGAUGGCUGCAUUUGGUAGUUUCGUUACAGAGGACCAAGAAAAAAUGGAAGUGUCCUUCAAUAUUUUCAAUGAAAUAACAAUCCAGGAUUUGAACUUCUUGCAAUUUUCAAGCAUUCCGAAAUUGUGGGAAAAUAAAACUCUUGAGCCAGGCGAGGAAUAUCAUCAUAGUAAUGGUACCAAUACUGAUAAUAACGAGACUACUGGCGCUGAUGAUACUGACGAUAAUAAUAAUAAUAAUAAUAAUAAUAAUAAAAAUGGCAAUAAUAGUAGUAGUACUAUUAAUAAUAAUAACAAUAACUACAGUAACAGUAACAAUAAUGACAAUGACAACAAUAUUAAUGAUGAUGAUGAUGAUGAUGAUGAUGAUGAUGAUGAUGAUGAUGAUGAUGAUGAUGAUGAUGACAAUGAUGAUGAUUAUAGUAAUAAUGGUGCUGAUGAUGAUGAAGAAGACGAUGACUAUGACAGAUCUUUAUUUCCAACAGGUUUAGCUUCGCUGCUUGAUGCGUCAUAUCCUGAACGUACGGCGAAUGAUUAUAGAGAUGAGAAUGAACAAUCGAAUAAAUUAUUCGAAAAGAUUGAAGGCCAUUUGGAGCACGGUGUUUUUUUUUACGAUCGGGAUUUCUUCUUCAAGAAUGUGUGUGUAAAAAUGUAA